AUGGCAGAAGUCGAUCAAUUUGAUAGCGCGCUGGAUCUCCUCCGCCGUCUCAACCCAAAACAUACCACCACCCAUUUAAACUCUCUUAUUGACCUCGUUCCCUCCUUGACAGAAGAUCUCCUAAGCUCUGUCGAUCAACCUCUUACUAUUUCUCGCUGUCGCAAAACUGGUCGCGAUUACCUUCUCUGCGAUUAUAACCGUGAUGGCGAUAGCUAUCGUUCCCCAUGGAGUGGUGAAUUCGAGACACCUGUAGGUGGUACAACACCUGGUGGUAUUGAUGAUCAGGGAAACAAUGAUGGAGCUGGAGAAGGUGCUGUUCCUAGUGAACGGGUCAGAAAAAUGGAGAUUAGAGCAAAUGAGGCUUUUGAUGUUUACAGGGAGUUAUAUUAUGAGGGUGGUGUUAGUAGUGUUUAUUUCUGGAACUUGGAUGAUGGAUUUGCGGGUGUGGUUUUAUUGAAGAAAGUUGCACCUUCAUCGUCCAACUCCGCCGGUUCUUGGGACAGCAUUCACGUCUUCGAAGCUGUUGACCGUGCUCGUACCGCCCAUUACAAGCUCACAUCUACCGUAAUUCUUUCCCUCUCUACCAAUGGCAAUGAGCUCGGCGAAAUGGAUCUUAGCGGAAACAUGACACGGCAAAUUGAAGCAGAUUUACCAAUUCAAGAUGAUGCGGAACAUAUAGCUAAUAUUGGAAGACUUGUCGAGGAUAUGGAGUUAAAGAUGAGAAAUCUGUUACAAGAGGUUUAUUUUGGAAAGGCAAAGGAUGUAGUUGGGGAUUUGAGAAGUUUGGGAAGCUUGAGUGAGGGGGCUAAAGAAAGAAAGGUUAGGGGUGAAAUGUUGGAUGCUAUGAAGAGGUAG